CUAAUCCAAAAAAAAAAAAAAAAAAAAUUAUCAUUCCUAUUAACACACUAUAAACGUUGACCUAGUUAAUUAAGAAAAUACUUUCACAGUAUAAUUGUUGAAAAUACUAAAAGAACAAAAUGAAUGCAACAGUUGAUCCCAGACGUAAGGAAAAAGUUAAUCGCUACAAAGCACCACAGGCUCAGGGGCAAAAUGGCAGUGGCACUGGAAAUGAAGAUUUGACACCCGACUACAUGAACAUUUUGGGAAUGAUUUUCUCUAUGUGUGGUCUCAUGAUGAAGUUGAAAUGGUGCGCUUGGUUUGCUUUAUAUUGUUCGUGUAUUAGCUUUGCUAGUUCUCGUGUUAGUGACGAUGCUAAACAGGUUCUAUCAUCCUUCAUGUUGAGUGUUAGUGCUGUUGUCAUGUCCUACUUACAAAAUCCUGCUCCAAUGACUCCACCAUGGGUAUCAUCUUCAUAGAAUUAAGUUAUUGUUCUAAUAAAAUAAACAAUUGUAUGGGUAAAUAGUCAAA